CCCAUCUCCUCUUAAUCUUUGUAUAACCUCUUUCUCCACAAUACUAUCAUCACCUUUAAAGGUACUAUUAUGCUAGAGGGCGCACUUCCGAUACCCGUUGACAUGUGGCUGAUCAUCGUAGCCUCUGCAGCAGUCGUUGCCGCUGUCCUGGUGCUGGUAAUCAUCGAAUAUACCCACAUUGAUAUCAGAGGGAAAUAUGUCUGCAUCACGGGAUGCGACACUGGGUUUGGGAAUCUCCUCGCACGUAGUCUGGACAAACACAGAGGCUGUCACGUGAUUGCAGCCUGUCUGACAGAGGAAGGCAUGACGAAACUGAAGAGUGUGACGUCAUCGAGGCUCACCGCAAUACAACUCAAUGUCAAGAGCAGCGAGAGUAUCCGAAGAGCACGUGAUCAAAUACAAGAUAUUAUACCGACUGGUGAAGGGUUAUGUGGUUUAGUCAACAACGCUGGAAUUAUCUGCCCUAUGGGACCCUUCCAUUGGUUGACCAGAGAUGAUCUCACAAAUGUACUCAACGUGAAUCUUCUGGGAGCCAUUGAGAUGACCAACAUGCUUUAUCCACUACUACGGACAGCCAAGGGGAGAGUGGUCAACGUGUCCAGUGCAGUCGCCCUCUUCCCAACUGCGGGGACAAUCUAUUCCGUGUCGAAAGCUGGAAUUGAGGCCUUCUCGGACAAUAUAAGGUGUUCAAUGAAGGCAUCGGGCGUAUCAGUACAUAUCAUCGAACCCGGUGCAUUCAAGGGUAAUUUUUCUGAUGUUGAUGCAAUGAAGAGGAGGAUGGAUACAGUGUGGGAGAGACUCCCUCAAGCAGAGAAAGAUGAUAUCGGUGGUGACAUUACACUUGAAGCUAUGAAACUUCUCAUUUCCGACGCCUUACGCAUGUCGUCACCACACUUGACUACAGUAACUAACGCCAUGGAACACGCCCUUAGUGCUCGGUUUCCAUGGAGACGCUAUCUGCCCGGAUUAGACGCAAAGUUCUUCUACAAGCCAAUAUCUUUACUUCCUGCCUUCAUAGCAGACAACGUCUAUAAUUUAAUGUUUACAAGAAUGAUAGACAAUAAGAAGAAACUUGUAAUGAAAGAACGCAAGAAACACAAAACAACGUGAUUUUGUUACGAUUGCUGACUGUAAUCAGCUAAUUAGAUUACAGUUACGAUUGCUGACUGUACAGACCUCUAUUACUGUGACUGUGUGGUCAUCUUGAUUUUACUCGAUUCCAACUCAUAGUAACCAAACUGAGGCUAGACGAAAUGAUAGUCUGGUGCCACGCGCAAUGAAUGUAAGCAUUCAUUGCUGUUAUUGGAAACAGGGAACAUGACCAAGAUGGUGACAGCAUGAUAAAGGUAUAUACAAAACCAUUACCGGGUCCAUCGAUGCCAUUAUAGUCCUUCUUCCUUUAUUCUAAAUUGAUUUUUGAUUUAAUAAUCUUGAAGCCUUCAGCAUCCAUUCAAUCAAACAAACUUGUCCAGGCUAUAUGCUAUACUUCCAGACAGAAACACCUGAUGUUGUACCCAAUGGAGAAGACAGAUUUUUUCAGAAUGCUCAGCAGAAUGUUCAGUCACAUGAUUUGAUUAUCGUGA